UUAUAAUAAAAGUUUAAGACGUGGCACUUCGCGCACCAACAAACCACAAUCAUACAUAUAACCAUUUUCACCACUUUCCACUUCAAUCAGUGCCCAGUUCUUGGCCGGACACAGAAAUGGCUGAGGAUAAGGAGAAACUGUUGAACAGAGAAGGCGGAGGAGCUGGGACAGGAAUCUUGGAAGUGUCUCCGAAGCCCCAAAAAGGGCUGAGUUCCAAGCUGAUUGACUGGUUGGAGAAGUUAAUAGUUAAGCUUAUGUAUGAUUCUUCACAGCCUCAGCAUUAUCUGUCGGGUAACUUCGCUCCUGCUCGUAACGAAACUCUUCCCAUCAAAGAUCUUCCUGUGAAAGGCCACCUCCCUGAAUGCUUGAAUGGUGAAUUUGUCAGGGUUGGGCCCAACCCCAAGUUUGCCCCUGUGGCUGCAUAUCACUGGUUUGAUGGAGAUGGAAUGAUUCAUGGUAUGCGCAUCAAAGAUGGGAAGGCAACAUAUGUCUCCCGUUACGUGAGGACAUCACGUCUUAAACAAGAAGAGUUUUUUCGAGGUGCAAAAUUUAUGAAGGUUGGAGACCUUAAAGGGCUAUUUGGGCAUCUCAUGGUCAAUAUACAGAAGCUAAGAGAAAAGGCUAAAGUGUUAGAUCUAUCAUAUGGAAAUGGGACAGCUAAUACAGCUCUCAUAUAUCAUCAUGGGAAACUCCUGGCACUUCACGAGGGAGAUAAACCUUAUGUCCUCAAAGUUUUGGAGGAUGGAGAUCUCCAAACUCUUGGCAUGCUUGAUUAUGACAAACGGUUGUCACAUUCCUUCACUGCUCAUCCCAAGGUUGAUCCAGUCACUGGUGAGAUGUUUACUUUUGGCUAUUCACACAUGCCACCAUAUAUCACAUACAGAGUUAUUUCAAAAGAUGGUUUCAUGCAUGAGCCAGUACCAAUAACAAUAUCAGCACCAAUCAUGAUGCAUGACUUUGCGAUUACUGAGAAUUAUGCAAUUUUCCUGGAUCUUCCUUUGUAUUUCAGACCAAAGGAAAUGGUUAAAGAGAAGAAGCUGAUCUUCUCAUUCGAUGCUUCAAAGAAGGCUCGUUUUGGUGUGCUUCCACGAUAUGCAAAGGACGACCUCCUAAUCAGAUGGUUUGAGCUUCCUAAUUGCUUUAUUUUCCAUAAUGCCAAUGCUUGGGAGGAGGAAGAUGAAAUUGUUCUGAUUACUUGCCGCCUUGAGAAUCCAGAUCUGGACAUGGUCAGUGGGGAGGUCAAAGAGAAGCUUGAAAAUUUCUCAAAUGAGCUGUAUGAAAUGAGGUUCAACAUGAAAAGUGGUCUUGCAACACAAAAGAAAUUAUCAGCUUCUGCUGUUGAUUUUCCUAGGGUGAAUGAGUAUUACACUGGCAGAAAGCAAAGAUAUGUGUAUGGAACCAUUCUGGACAGCAUUGCGAAAGUGACAGGGUUUGUGAAGUUUGAUCUGCAAGCUGAACCAGAGGCAGGAAAAGCAAAGAUUGAAGUUGGGGGGAAUGUCGAAGGCCUCUUUGACUUGGGACCCGGUAUAUUUGGUUCAGAAGCUAUAUUUGUGCCUCGUAAGCCACCAGGGACCAAUUCUGAAGAGGAUGAUGGCUACUUGAUAUUCUUUGUACAUGAUGAGAAUACUGGAAAAUCAUCAGUGAAUGUGAUUGAUGCAAAGACAAUGUCAGCCGAUCCCGUUGCAGUUGUUGAAUUACCCCACAGGGUUCCUUAUGGGUUCCAUGCUUUCUUUGUGACAGAGGAACAACUUCAAGAACAGGCAAAAUAGAGACAAACCUCUCAAGGUUGAAGCUUCCUUUUCGCUUUACAAGAUACAGUUACAUUAAUAACCCAAAAUCUCGAUGCCUAUGGGCACGUUGUGAAUCGCACAAGAUGAUAAAAAGGUUAUAUGCUUUGUGUUGUUGAACAUUCAAGAACAAUAGUCACUACGACAAUGUGAAUGCAGAAUAUAUAUUGGCAUUAGAAUAUAAAUGAUAUAUCCGUAAGUUGGGAUUUGAUUGAAUAAAACUUAAAAUUUGCUCAA